AUAAUAAAUCUAUGUACUUGCAAUAAGUCGAAGUUAGUUUUUAUAAGAGUUGUAUACUUAAGUAACAAACAAAUCCAAAAAGUUUUCCAAGAAAUUAUGCACUUGGCUCAGAGAGAACACAUUAUUUCCUGGUACUUAUGCUUGGGGUUAGUCCUGGGUUCUUGUUAUUCAAUAACAGACAGUCUGAAACAAGGGUAUCAGCUUAAUGAUGGUGAGUAUUUGGUUUCAGCUGGAAAGGUCUUCACAUUAGGAUUCUUCGUCCCAAAACAGCAGACAACUGUUGGCUAUUUUACUCCAGAAAGUGUUGAGAACUGCUACAUCGGCAUUUGGUAUACUUACGAUGAAGAUAAGAAACCAGUAUGGGUUGCCAACCGAAACAGACCAAUCUCCAAGGGUUCUGGAGCACUUGUUAUUGAUAGAAACGGUGACUUAAAGAUCUUACACAAAGGUUUGACCACAAUUGUAUUAACUUCUAGUCAAGGAAUAACCAGAAAAACAGUUGCUGUUCUUACAGAUAACGGCAACUUUGUGUUGCGAGAACUGAAUUUAGAAAAGGUAUUGUGGCAGAGCUUUGAUUAUCCAACAGACACACUUCUUCCUGGAAUGAGAUUGGGGUUUAACAUGAAAACUGGACAGAAUUGGUCAAUUACUUCAUGGGUAAAUGAUCAAGUUCCUGCACUUGGGCCUUUCACCCUUGGCACUGAUCCAAAUGGUACAAACCAGUUGAUUAUGUGGAGAAGAGGUAAAAUUCACUGGAGUAGUGGAAUUUGGAACGAUAGUAAAUUCGAGAACCUAAAUGAUAACCUUUAUAGUUUUGAUUAUGUCUCAAAUGAGGAUGAAAGGUACUUCACCUUGUCCUUGGUUCACAAUUGGCAUAUCAGUUUUCCAAUGUAUCAAAUAAGUGGACAAGGUAUAAUAAGUAAAUUAGACUUCUCCAGAUGGGGCUCCGUAGGGUUAUUUCUGUUUAGUCUUGUUGAUUGCAAAAACAUAUCUCAUCAACUUGCUCUAGGAUGUGUAGAGAAACAGCUGCCAGAAUGUAGAAAUAAACACCGGUUUGAGAAAACCAAAGGUUAUGUUGUUUCUGAGGGUUUCAAGUAUGAAGAGCAAAACUAUAUCUUAGGUGUGGCUGAUUGUGAAGCCAAGUGCUUGACCAACUGCUCUUGUGUUGCAUAUGCUUCUAUCUACAGUAAUGGAACUGGUUGCCAGUUUUGGAGUGAUAUCACACACUUAGUUGUUGAUGAAGAUGAAUUUGUCGUUUCUUAUUACAGAGAGUUGUAUAUCCAAACAGAAUACAGGUUGAGAGUUCAACCGCAACAAAUAUUUUGGUGGAUAUGGCUCAUUGUCGGAACAGCUGCCCUUCUGCUGCUCCUGCCAUUUGCAUGGUUAGGCUAUCGCGUCAAAAAGAGUUUGCUCAAAAUAACACAUUGUUUUGUGCAAUGUUUUUCUGUUCUGGGCUUUAUUGUACGACAAAUCCUCAAAAAAUAUAUUUUGCGGUUAUAUUAUAAUGUCCAAAGGAGCCUCGAAGAAGAAACACGCCAAAUGGAAGAGGAGAUCUUACCAUCAGAGCUAGAUUCGAGUGUUGAUCAGAGUGAUCACUCUGCUGGAUGGAGGAAGAAGAGAAAACUACUCAGAAUUAGCAAGAAGAACGGAAUGGGAGUAUUUUCUCUCAAAAGCAUGGUUCGAGCAACUGAUAACUUCUUAUCAUCAAAUAAACUUGGCCAAGGAGGAUAUGGAAUAGUUUACAAGGGUAUGUUAGAGGAUGGCCAACAAGUAGCGAUAAAGAGGCUUUCAAGAACGUCAAGGCAAGGUAGAUUAGAGUUCAUGAAUGAGAUAAAGCUAGUUGCUAAGUUACAACACACCAAUCUUGUCAAGCUUAUUGGAUGCUGCAUUGAACAAGGAGAAAAAAUGGUGGUAUAUGAAUAUAUGCACAACAAAAGCUUGGAUUGUUUCCUAUUUGAUUCAGACAGAAAAACACUUGUUGAUUGGAAGACACGUUUCAAUAUUAUCGAGGGGAUAGCUCAAGGACUCCUCUACCUUCACAAAUAUUCAAGACUGAAGAUAAUUCAUAGAGACUUGAAAGCAGGAAACAUAUUACUUGAUCAAGACAUGAAUCCAAAGAUUUCAGAUUUCGGCAUGGCAAAAAUAUUUGAGCUAAAUGAGUCAGGAGCAAAUACCAAAAGAGUUGUUGGGACAUUUGGUUAUAUGCCUCCAGAAUAUGCACAGGACGGAUAUUUUUCAGUCAAGUCGGAUGUUUUUAGUUUUGGGGUGUUGUUGCUAGAAAUCAUCAGUGGCAAGAAGAACAACGCAUCUUACUGCUUAGACCGUUUACUCAACCUGGUUGGAUAUGCAUGGGAGUUAUCGGCAGAGAAUAGAGGUUCAGAGUUGAUCGACCAAACCUUAAUUUUAGAUGGUGAAGACCAUGCAGAAGCAAUGAGGUGUAUCAAUGUGGGUCUCUUAUGCGUGCAAGAUCACCCAGAAGAUCGACCCACCAUGUCAACCGUAGUAGCCAUGAUUAGCAAUGAGACUAGUGAGCUGCCUGAACCAAAAAAGCCUGCCUUUUUCAUAGGCCAGGAUUCAACACAAGGAGAGCAUCUCCAACAUGAUUUAGAGCAGGGCUCCUUAAAUGAUGCAUCAAUCACAGAGAUGGAAGCUAGAUAAUACUAUGCAUAAUGUUUCACUACGGUCUAUAUAUAAUUUCAACUUUCAAGUGACCACAGUCCCAGUAAUUUAAUCUCAGACUUAGCAUGGAAAUAAUCACUUAAUAUCUUCGGGAUGGAAAAUAGAUCUUCCAUAUACUGAACAAUUUUUGUCAUCAUACUUGUAUGAAAUACACCUGUUGAGUACGAAAUAUGAUACAGGUGUAUGAUAAUCACUAGCUUAAGACCCGGUUAUUACUAAAAUAGUUUAUUAUUUAUUUAUUACA